AUGCCGUCCGUCCAUGGCCCCAUCACCACCGGAGGAAGCCCCAGCUGGACGCCGGGCAGGGCAUGUGGUCUGGCGCUGGCCCCGGAAAUCCCCGCGCCUGACCCCAGACUGACCAUCGCCCAUGGCGCUGGCACUGCUACAUGUGGUCUGGCGCUGGCCCCGGAAAUCCCCGCGCCUGACCCCAGACUGACCAUCGCCCAGGCUGUGGCAGCCGGGCCACAUCCCGCUCUGCUGGAUUGCAGUUGCCGGGUAACCGUUGUCAAGGCCGCCACUGUUGUAUCCCAGCAGAGACUUCCCUUGACCUUGCUGGACAGCCGACCUAAAGGCCACGCUCAGCGAGGCCAGCACCGGCCCGGCGGCGGCGGAGGGCUCGCCCGGCAGGGACAGGAUGCAGAAAUGGCUUCGCUGGAUGCCCAGCCCCACGGUCACCACCAAGAUGAGAGCCAGCCACAGGACGAAGCCGAAGCCCAGGACACGGAGAGGCCCGCUCCCCUGGGCAGGGCAGGCCUGACCGGGGACCCCGUCAAAGGGCUGGGCCCCCAGGCUGCCCGCAGGCCCCACAGGCUGGUGAGGGCGGCGGCUUCCCCUUGGGGACCUCUCCUCCGCGCCCCCAUGCCUGGAACCCACAGCCACCCCUGGCCUGUUCACUACCGGGGCCAGCCCAGGCGGACCCACCUUGGCUCCAAGAGACCCAAGCGGCUCAGGGUCCGGCAAUCCCACUGGCACCCAGACUGGACCCAUGACAGACAGAUGGGGAGCAGUGGUGAGCUAAGCCAGCUGGACCAAGAUGCAGAUCUCCCCGAAGAUGCAGACCCUGCCAGGCUCCCCGAGGCCCCUCUGGAGGACAGCCCAGAGGAGGUGGACAAGACACCGUUCAGCACCGGACCCGGCCCCUUCUUCUACAUCGGAGGCACCAACGGGGCCUCAGUAAUCAGCAACUACUGUGAGAGCAAGGGCUGGCAGCGCACUCAGGACAGCCAGCGCGAGGACUACAAGCUCAAGUGGNGCAGCCUCCGCACACCACACACACCAGUCCUCAUCCUGCCAGGCCAACAGCUGCUGUUCCAGCUCCCCAACAACAAGCUGCUGACCACCAAGAUCGGGCUGCUCAGUGCCCUCCGAGAGCACGCUCGCAUCCUGAGCAAGACCACCAAGAUGCAGACGGGCGCUCCGACCAAGACCCUGAAAAUGGAAGAUUUUUUCCCAGAGACCUACCGGCUAGACAUCAGGGAGGAGAGACAGGCCUUCUUCAGCUUGUUUGAUGGCACCCAGAUGUGGAUCUGCAAGCCCACCGCCUCCAACCAGGGAAAGGGCAUCUUUCUGAUCAGGAGCCAGGAGGAGAUCAGCACCCUGCAGGCCAAGACCCAGAGCAUCGAGGAUGACCCCAUCUACCGCAAGAUGCCCUUCCGGAUGCCACAGGCUCGAGUGGUGCAGAGGUACAUCCAGAACCCGCUUCUGUUGGAGGGGAAGAAGUUUGAUGUGCGCUCCUACCUGCUCAUUGCCUGUGCUAUGCCCUACAUGGUCUUCUUUGGCCAUGGGUACGCCCGCCUCACCCUCAGCCUCUAUGACUCCGCCUCCACUGACCUCAGCGGCCACCUGACCAACCAGUUUAUGCAGAAAAAGAGUCCCUUGUACACGACGCUGAAGGAGGACACUGUGUGGAGCAUGGACCGUCUCAACUGCUACAUCAAUGACAAGUUCAGAAAGGCCAAGGGCCUCCCCAGAGACUGGGUCUACACCGCCUUCACGGUCAGAGCUCAGAGUGUGGGUGCGCACCUCAGGGCCUCAGCCCCCCCCACCCCAGACAGACCUCAGGGCUUCAGCCCCUUGGAAGGACCCCAGCCUCCCCAGCUAGCUAACCAGAAUCCUGCCUAGGUGUGGCUACUGGAGAUGAACUCCAACCCUGCCCUGCAUACCAACUGUGAAGUCCUAAAGGAUGUGAUUCCCAGAGUGGUCAUGGAGACCCUGGACCUGGCGCUGGAGACCUUCCAGAAGAGUCUGCGCGGCCAGAAGAUGCUGCCGCUGCGGGCCCAGCGCCGCUUCUCGCUCCUGCACAACGGGGAGAGCGCCCAGGCCCAAAGUUCAGGCCCCACGACCGGACUCCGAAAGAAAAAGCGGAUGCAGCAGAUCAUGGCCCACUGCUUCCUGGCGGUCAAGUCCAAGCUGGAGUGCAAACUGGGUUACUUUGACCUGAUUGGCUGUGAUUUCCUGAUUGAUGAGAACUUCAAGGUGCUGUUCUGGGUGGAUGGAGCCGAGUGUGCAUCCCGGUCACCCUGCAGGCCCAUGGCCGGCUGGCAGUCCCCUGUCUGCCCCCAGCCCUGGGGGUGGGGUGCCCAUAAGGCUCAGCAAUAA